UUCGAUGCAGACAUACGGUGAAACAUUUUUCAUCUGUGGCAUGUAAUGACGUUUGUUAGCGCGGGAAAUUCAAAAAACAGAAAACAAAUAUAUAUCUUUUUAAACUUUGAAUAGUGAAAGUUUAAAACCAACUUUAAAGGGAAGUUCAGUGUUAAUAGCGAAGUUUAAAGAAAAGAUUGGAAAACCUUUUUUUUGCCGGUUCAUUGACAAUAAAAAGGCAGGCGAGUAAACUUUCAUCAGUGCGAUAAACUAUAUUGUUAUAAAAUAACUCAACGGUUUUGUAAUAAAUAGCAACUGUUGCUUAACACGUAUUUAAUAUUAGUGCCUGUAAAUAUCACUGGUUUUAGUGUGCGUUCUAUGUUUGAAUUUCGGAAUUGAAGAAAAUGAAAGAAUUAGUUCAAAUUUGGAACCGAGUGACGGGGAAGCAGUACUCAUCAGUGAAUUCGAAUGAUAAGGAGCUGAGGGAUUUAUCAAAUAACCGAUUGAGGAGAGACAUCGAUACAUCGACUUUUGAAGCGAAUUUGUCGGAAUGUGAAGGACUUAAUACUAAAUUUAAUGAUGAUUUGGACUUUCAUGACAGAAAAGAUCAGAUUAUUAACCGAUUGUUUACAAAAAGGCGACAUGGACAAACCUCACGGAAGCCUAAAUGUUUAUUCCUUCUGUUCCUGUUGGGUGUAGUCUCGCUGGGAAUGGCUUUUGUCAUAUUAUUCCUACAUCCAUACGACGUCAUAUUCCGAUGGAAAGUGGUGCUAUCUGAAGGCGGUGAAAUUUUUCAAUCAUGGCAGAAGCCCGAGGUCAAGUUAUACACCAGGGUGUUCCUUUUCAACAUCACAAACGCUGAAGAAUACCUAGCUGGCGAGGCUACCAAGGUCAAAGUAAAAGAAGUUGGACCGUUCGUGUAUCGUGAGGCCUUGGAGCAUAGUAACGUAACGUUCAACGAGAAUGGCACCCUGUCCACGAUUCCCCUGCACCCUCUUAUUUGGGAGGAGGAGCUGUCUGAAGGCAACAAAGAGGACGACAUCCUGUAUCUACCUCACAUUGCAUUACUGUCCAUCGCCAACGUGGCUUCCAAGGAAAGCUUCAUGACACGCUUCGGCCUGAACAACCUCAUAGGCUUGACAAACAGCCAGCCUCUGAUGAAGAUGACGGCCAAGGAGUUCAUGAUGGGAUACAAAUCCGAGCUGAUGACCUUGGGCAACACUUUCAUGCCAAGUUGGAUCUAUUUCGAUAAACUAGGGCUUAUUGAUAGAAUGUAUGAUUUUGAUGGUGAUUUUGAGACCGUCUUCACGGGAGAAACCGACAUCUCACGGGCUGGUCUUAUCGACACCUAUAGAGGGUCUACUGAUCUACCGCAAUGGGACGGCAAGCAUUGUUCCAACGUUCAGAACGCUUCUGAUGGUACCAAAUUCCAAGGAGCUGUCAGCAGGAAUCAGACUGUACUGUUCUAUAGGAAGAGCUUAUGUCGAGCUGCACCUUUGAUCCCUGUAGAAGAAGGAGUUAAGAAUGGUAUGAAAGCGUACAAGUACGUGUUUCCUGAACAUAUGCUGGAUAACGGAAAGUUGUACGAAGAAAACAAAUGCUUCUGUAGACAUGGUAAAUGCCUUCCUGAAGGACUGAUCGAUGUUACGGAUUGCUAUUACGGUUUUCCCAUCGCGUUGUCCUAUCCUCACUUCUAUAAAGGCGACGACAUCCUCUUCGAGAAAGUAGAAGGCUUGACUCCAAAUAAAGAACAACAUGAGACUAGAUUUUGGGUUCAACCUGAUGCAGGCCUGCCUCUCGACGUCAGUUCCAAGUUUCAGAUCAACAUGGCUCUCGGUGACAUCAGCAAUAUAAGACACACCGAGAAAUUCUCUCACAUGUACCUACCGCUCUUAUGGUUUGAUAUUAGAAUGUAUACUCUCCCACCGUCGCUGGAGUUCAAAUUCAAAUUCUACUUAAACAUACUACCAGUCGUCGAACAGUGCUGGAUGUACAUCAGUUUUAUUGCUGGCACUAUCUUGAUACUUAUCACAAGUUACAUCCUUACAUUCAAGGUCAUGUUCAAAUCGUACCCUAAAAAGAACCAUAACAUCAGCUUUAGACCAAACUUGUGGAUGGAAAGAGAGAAAAAGGACAAAGUGGACACCAGAGGCGACAUAUACGCUCCUUGCGAAGUACCUCUUUCAGAUACCGAUUCAGAUCAAACGUUCGAUACAAAACACUCGUUCAUCAAAAACCAAAGUAACAAAAUCAAAGAGAUGGGACACAGAUUAAGUGACAAAGUCCACGAUGUUAAAGGAAAAUUUGAACUAACUCAUUCCAAACAUAGCUCAAAGCACAACGAUAGAAAGAACUCACUAAUAAAUCCUGAAGAAUCACAAGAUGAAACGAACGAGGCAUUCAAAAGCGAUUCGAGUGGGAGUGAAUAUGAUACAAAAAGAUACCGAGAAGUGAAACAAAGUGAUAGUGAAGAUGAUUGCAAAUAUUUAGAAGUUUUAGACGAUGGUAGCGAGUUUGAUAAUGUCAAUUAUCGAAGGGGCAACUGCAAAAGCGAGUCGUACAUUAAUAUUGAAUAAUUUUAUCAGUAAUAUUUGUGAAUCUUGCCAUGUUAGAACUGCUAACAUUUUUUAAACAUCAGUGGUGAACUAUUUUACAAAUGUUGAUUUUAAAGCCAAGGAUUAUUUUUUAAUUAAAUUCAUAACUUCUUCGUGUUUUACUUCUUGCCCUGAAAUGGACAAGUUCUGCAAUACUAAGUUUUAGUAACUUUUACAGCGUGUCUUAGUACAAGCCGCGCCAAUAAAGAAUGGAUGCAUAUAACGAAAGGCGGUCGACAUCGUGCUAUCUCUACGGGCGCUAACAGAGAUGCGAAUGAGCUAGAAGACAUCGGAUGCCUUUUUUAUUUCUUCAAUUUAAUGGCGCGGCUUAUACCUACUUUAUAAUUAAUAUUAC